UUUUUACAUCCGAGCCCUGGGGGAACGUGUCCUGCGUGCUCCCCCGGGCAGGCCGCCGGCUGUGUGCUGGCCUGAAGGAAAGGGGAGGGAUGAGGGAACUGCAGGCUCGGGCUCAAGCAGAGGGGGAUGGGAGCGGGCUGCGGUAUUCACCUGCUUAGCGGGUUGGUUUCCGCCUCUUCCCCGCAGACGGACUUUCGCCCUGGGAUUUUCUCCCCUCCCUAUCGCUAGGGAGGCAGCCGGAGCCAUGGACGGCCUCGCAGCUCCGCAGGGAGGCCUCUCGGUGUCCCAGCAGGUCCGCGCGAUGUUCUAUGUCCUGCAGCCCAAUGAAAGCUCCUUCGCCAGCCUCGAGGAGGUGCCCGAUUAUGUGAAUAAGGCUACGCCGCUUUUCAUUGUCUUGAUGCUGUUGGAGUUUGUUGUCAGUUGGGUUUGGAGGCAUCAGGCACCAGGACUGAUCAAUGAUAGCAUAACUUCUCUCUCUGCAGGAGUCCUGUCUCGACUUCCAGAUGUUGUGUCCAGAAGCCUCGAGUUAACUACCUACAUCUAUGUGUGGGAUAACUACAGACUCUUUGAACUGCUGUGGGACUCACCAUGGACAUGGUAUUUGACAUUCCUAGGAGUAGACUUUGGAUACUACUGGUUCCAUCGCAUGGCCCAUGAGGUUAAUAUAUUGUGGGCAGCACACCAAGUACAUCAUAGUUCUGAAGCUUAUAACUUAUCCACAGCACUGAGACAAUCUGUACUGCAGAGAUACGCUUCUUGGGUUUUCUACUUGCCUAUGGCUCUUUUUAUUCCUCCGUCAGUAUAUGCUGUUCAUCUCCAGUUUAAUCUCCUUUACCAGUUUUGGAUACAUACAGAGGUAGUUAACACCCUUGGACCUCUGGAGCUGAUUCUUAAUACUCCCAGUCACCACAGAGUUCACCAUGGCAGAAAUCCUUACUGCAUUGACAAAAAUUAUGGUGGUACCCUCAUUAUUUGGGACAGAAUUUUUGGAACAUUUGUAGCAGAAAAUGAUAAAGUUAUAUAUGGCCUAACACACCCAAUAAAUACAUUUGAACCUUUCAAGGUCCAGUUAUGUCACUUGGCUUAUAUAUGGAGCACAUUUUGGGCCACACCUGGAUUCAGUAAUAAACUCUCUGUAAUAUUCAAAGGCCCAGGUUGGGGACCAGGAAAACCUAGACUCGGCCUUCCUGAGGAAAUCCCAGUGAUCACUGGAAAAGAGGUUCCAUUCAAUCCCAGAUUGCCAAUAUAUCUUUCUGUCUAUGCAGUAGUACAUUUUGCCUUGAUGCUGGGCUUUUAUGUGGACCUGUUUGAGACCCAGGCUACAUUAUCACAGGUAACUCUUCUCCUGAGGAUUGGCUACAUUAUCCUGACAUUGACCUCCAUUGGAUUCCUUUUGGAGCAAAGGCCCAAAGCAGCUAGUUUGGAAGUUGUCCGCUGCUCAGUCUUUCUAGCUCUGCACAAACUUAGUUACCUGAAAAUAUACAUUGCUUCCUUGGCAUUUCCUUAUGAGGUUUUAUUUUCGCUCUGCAUUGCAUUCUGGGGAGUACAAAUUAUGAAGCAACUGAUCUCAAGUACAGCAAAACAUCACUGAAUUAUGGAAAGAGCCCUUUGGAAUAUGCUUCGAAGUUUCUUGGAAUAAGUUGGCGGUGCCUCUUUCUGAAAUGCAAGCAUUUCACAUAGGCUAGGUAGGAAUCAUGAUGUUUUAUGAAGGUUUGAAAGAUGCAUUAAAAAUGGUCAUCUGUUUUUAUUUGAUCUUUUAAAUAUUUAUUCUCCUGCCUACCCACGUUAAAUUAAGGAUCCCUCUAUUUUUUUCUUGUGCUUUCACCGCUUUUUUUUUUUUUACAUUCAAGGGAUCACAUUCUUAAAAAGCAUGUAAAAAUAAUAGCAUUUUUCAAUCACUUUAUUAGUAUGUAACCAUAUGUGCAAAGCAUUCUUUACAAUA